AUGGUUUGGUACCUAGUGGUGGGACAGCCAUUUCGGGGCCAUGCACUGCUGACAUUCAGGGAUGUGGCCAUAGAGUUCUCCCAGGAGGAGUGGGGAUGCCUGAACCACACUCAGCGGGAACUGUACAGGGAUGUGAUGUUAGAGAACUACGGACACCUCCUCUUCCUGGGUCUCAUUGUGUCAAAGCCUGAUUUGGUCUCCUUUUUGGAGCAAACGAAGGACCCUUGGGAUGGGAAGAGAAAGAAGACAGUAGCCUUUCAUCCAGGGCUUGCUCUCUCCAGACUGUGUCUGGUCAACUUCUUUAGAAAAGGAAAGAGCCCGACCCAUGAAGAGAAAGGAGACAGUAGCCACACACCCAGCUUGAAGAAGUUAACUCCUUCAGCCUACACUUGCCUGGGAAACUUCCUUCCAUUUUGA